AUGACAAAAAAUUUGACCGAAGCUAUGAACUCGGUACUUAAGGCUACCCGAAACCUUCCUAUUACAACAUUGGUCAAGUCAACGUUCUAUCUUCUAGGAUCGUUGUUUGGAAAACAAGGACCCGAUUGGACAAAAAUGUUGUCAUCCGGUCAAACUUUCACGGAAAACUGUAAUAAGGGAAUGACCGACGAAGCGAGUAAACCUAGCAGCCAUAAUGUCAUCCAAUUUGAUCGCGAGAGAUUCUGUUUUAUGGUUGCCAAAAGCAUUAAUCAACACGAUGGUCGACCAUUAGGUACUUUUAGCGUUGAUCUCAAGAGAGGGUGGUGCGAUUGUGGGAGGUUUCAAGCAUUUCAUUUACCUUGCUCUCAUGUAAUCGCAGCAUGUGUCAGUAUACGACAGAAGCACAACAUGCACAUACCGGAUGUUUUCAAGGUUCUGAGUGUAUUCAAAGUCUACAGCGAAAGCUUCCUUAGACUUCCACACCACUAA